GCUUUGUCCGUCAGCUGAGCCUGUGACGUUUGGUGGAAUCUGAAGUAGUUCUGAGUAGUCGAGAAGAUAGGCUACUCACUGCGCUUUUGAGGAACGCAAACUCAGAAGUGCCAUCGUAGGUGAACGGACAUAAUGUGAAGUAACUCUAGAUAUUUUUAAAACGGUUUACCGAAAACUAAUAGCCAACAGUUUAGGUCUUGGUUACUUUUAUGUGUAUACGGAAACACAAUGUAGGUGAAGUUGCGGAAACGGAUUAUUUUUUACCUGAGUUCCAAGUGACCUACUAUCGAAUUGGGGAGGAAAGACGGUGGGACAAACAUGCUCUCACCGUUUUUGGCGUUUUUACUAUCUGCUCUGAUUUUAUGUCGGAUAGCAGUCUCUCAAUAUUCCAGUGACCAGUGUAGUUGGAGAGGAAGUGGUCUGACCCAUGAAGGCCAUGCGCGGGACGUGGAGCAGGUAUAUCUGCGCUGCUCGCAGGGCUCCCUGGAGUGGAUCUACCCGACGGGCGCCAUCAUCGUCAACCUGCGGCCCAACACCAUGUCGCCGGCGGCCGCACGCCUCUCCGUCUGCAUCAAGCCCUCGGCCGAGUCCAGCGGCACCAACAUCUACCUGGACCGGUCGGGCAAGCUGCGCCUGCUGCUGCGGGAGGAGGAACAGGCGGGUGCGCGCGUCCACUGCUUCAGCAUCCAGGAGGGCGCCGUGUUCAUCGAGGCCGUGCUGCACCAGGACAUUAGCCGCCGCAUCACCGCCUUCCAGUACGAGCUGGUCGCCGACCUGCCCGGGACCAACUCGCUCACCGCCCCCUGCCAGCCGUGCAGUGACGCGGAGGUACUCCUGGCCGUCUGCACCAGCGACUUCGUGGCCCAGGGCAGCAUUGUGAGCGUGGAGCAGGAGGAGGAGCGGUCCUCAGUCACUGUGUCUCUGAGCCGGCUGCUCCGGCAGAAGACGCGGGUGUUUGUGUCGGGGGGCGGGCGGGCCAAGCGCUGGACUGGCCGUGUGAAGAUGCCCCAUCAGUGUGGCGUGAGGCCUGGCGAGGGCGACUUCCUCUUUACAGGCACGGUGCGCUUCGGCGAGGCGUGGCUCGGCUGCAUGCCGCGCUACAAGGACUUCCUGACGGCGUACCGGGAGGCGCAGAGACUGGGGACCAACCCGUGCCACGUGGACACGGACUGAGACCGCAGAGCACACCCAUCGCGACCCCGCGACCCCAACCCCAGACCCCUACUCGCACGUCUCAGGCCCCUGAGAGCUCAAAGCUGGGGCUUCUCCUGGAAGACUUGGGUUGGGGGGGAGGGACCCACUCCCCCUACAGACAGCCCAGGUGGCCUCUCCAGUGCACUGAGGACCGUGUGGAGCACUGAGGAGAGACAGACUCAAGUGCCCCCAGUAGCCUCCUCAGAUGCUGGCUCAAGGCUUAGCACGGCAGAGGCUACGGCUUUUAAAUGUGACGAGAUGUCGGACUUCUUGCAAAGCCAUCCACUGUGGAAAUGCCUUUGCUUUUUUUUAAAAAAAAAAGAAAAAGUGGAAACAGUCAUUCUCUCAUUGAUCGCACUUCCACAGCUAAAUGUGAGAAGAGAAUGUAGCAGACUCUGUAAAAAGUGUAAAAAAGAAGUAAAAAUGUGAAAGAGCAUUGUGAAAUGGAGAGUUCCAAAUGCUUUGUAAAAAGCUUCUAUGUACAGUUUUUUUUUUUGGUUGUUUUUUUGCUGUUUGUUUCUUAUGACAGAAAUGUAUCGAGUUGAUGCCUUUUUUUUUUUUUUUUUACUUUUUUUUUAAGAAAGGAAAAGGUUGUGAAGUGCAAUUUCAGUCUGUAUUAUUCCUCAGGCUGUUCAAUUGUAACGGUUACCUUCCAGAGAUUAAAAAAAACAAAACCUUUUUGGAA